UUUGGUUUAGAUACAAGCUUACUUGUUAACUUUUAACUGCAUUGGUUUCUCUUAUCUGUAGCAUGGAAAGCUUGGUAUUUCGUGCCCAAACUGCCCAAAGGAAAGUAAGUGUGUGGAGACUGUUUUCAGUACGGCAUAUUGAGAAGGAAGCAGAAGGCAUUUUGAACCAUAUGCAUGGAAUUGGUCUCGUCAGUAAGGACUUUGUGACUCAUAAUGGGGUGAUGCUUUCUCGCAGCCAAAGACCACGGCGUGCUUUCACUGAACGCAUGAAGGAUUACAUGCAGGGGAUAUCAGGGCGUCUUGGUGAAGUAAUUAAGCAUUUAGAUGGUGUAACAUUACAUGUUCAAGAUGAAGAUGUCAACUUUAAUGCUGUGGCCAAUUCUGUCAUUGACUUGAGAGAAGUUUGUGAUGCCUUCGGUGCUGUAGGGAUGGCACUCCACUGCAGUGAACUGUUGGUAACUAUUCGACAAGGAGGAGUAGCGAGGAGCAAUGACAUAUUGCAAAGGCUUCGGGAGGAGACAAACAAGUUGUUUCUGCACUUAGAAGUACUUAUUCAGUAUGAUGAGAUGAUUUUCGAGUCUUUUCUGAAGGAGGGGGUUGAAGACGCGCUUUUUUUGGCUGCUCUGUUUGGAGGAUUUUGUCUUCACUAUUGGGGUGGUGGAAGGUGGAUGGUUUGAUGCUUAGGUGAUUGGAUGAGGCCAUAAGAUAUAAUACUCCUGUUUUGGACAUAUGAUUCGGUUGGGUGAGAUUGGAUGAGGCCAUAGAGACCAUCUGUCGGACAUAUAUUAUUAGUGUUGUAUAAAAUACUACCACUAUUGGAUGUUAAAUGCAUGAUAUGAUUAGGUUGAUUAAUCUUGUUUACGGCCAAUUACACGCUGCUUCUUCCUUAUGUGCAACCCAGACGUGGUGCCCUUCUUCUAACUCUUUGCAAGCAUCCAUCUUUCUGUGCCAACUAGUUGCUCUUUUCUCUUGUAUUUUAAUCUAUCUUAGUUGUUAAAAAGGUUCCUGUAUGGAUGUCAAUGAUAAAAGCAGUUUGUAAAUUUGACAUUUAAUUUUAAGGAAUUAAACUGAUCAUGCAUGAUUGUCCAGUUUUCCAGCUUUUUAUGGUUUAUUUUUGAGGAAUAAAGUAUGCACUAUCCC